GGAGCUCAGUUUAGUAGCAUUUGGCGAGCCGUCUGGUCGUACAACGGAAUCGGCAUCGGCAUCGGAGCUUCAGCGGAUAAAUUCAGCGCUAAACCCGUCGGACGUUGGACUUCGUGUCGGUGCGCGGUGCGGUGCGGUGGAGAGUAGCACACAAAACCAGAGAGGCCCCCACCAUUUUGAAGAGAGGAAGAGAUCGCUUUGGCGAGGAACUCUCCUCUAAAGAGAGAGACAUGCGACGACGUCGUCGAAGCCGCUGCUGUCAAUGACGCGACGAAACAUGUGUACAUGAAAAUAAAAAGAAACUAAAAAUCCACAAAAAUAUUCGCGUACAAAAUCAAUCAACAAACAAUUCGGAUACGGCCUUCUCUGGCACAUAAAAACAUUAAACAUUAAAAAAGUGUAUUUUUUUUAACAAAAAACAAGACCCGCAAUGACCGUCUCAUAUGCGGGUGAAGUGCCAAAUGGAAGCAGUUUCGGUUGCUUCUGGAAGAUCCUAUGGAAAUGGCGUGGCAGUGUUUACAAAUUGAUUUGGCGCGAAUUAGUCGCGUAUCUUUGUUUAUAUUACACCAUAAAUGUUAUCUAUAGGUUUGCCUUGACUGCCAAUCAACAGGCCAUCUUCAACAAAAUACGUCAGUACUUUGGACAACAGGGCGAGAGCAUACCCAUGUCCUUUGUCCUUGGUUUCUAUGUAAAUCUCGUGGUGAAACGCUGGUGGGAACAGUACCGGCUGCUGCCUUGGCCCGACACUUUGGCUCUCUUCAUCAGCGCCGCCAUUUCCAAUGCCAAUGGAGGAGUCAAUAACGAAACUGGUCGCCUUAUGCGCAGAAAUAUCAUGCGCUAUAUGGUCCUAGCCUAUGUCAUCACCCUGCAGCGCAUUUCCCUGCGUGUGAAGCGUCGCUUUCCCACCACCCAACACCUGGUGGAUGCCGGCCUCAUGCAUGAGUCCGAAAUGAAGAUCUUCGAGGCUCUGAAUGCCAAGAGUCCCAUGUCCAAGUACUGGAUGCCCCUCGUCUGGGCCACAAACAUCAUCAAUCGUGCGCGUAAGGAUGGCCUCAUUGCCUCCGAUCACAUAGUGCAAACGAUUCUGGUGGAACUUUCGGAUAUUCGUAGGCGUUUGGGUGGUCUGAUUGGCUACGAUACGGUUUGUGUUCCUUUGGUCUAUACGCAGGUGGUUACCCUUGUGCUUUAUACCUAUUUUAUUGCCGCUCUUUUGGGGCGACAAAUGUUGCCCAAUGUCUUGGAUCGCAAUGGUCGCGAGGAUCCCGAUCUGUAUUUCCCGCUUUUCACAGUGUUGCAGUUCGUUUUCUAUGUCGGCUGGCUGAAGGUGGCCGAGGUGCUAAUAAAUCCCUUUGGCGAAGAUGAUGAUGAUAUAGAACUCAAUUGGCUAAUAGAUCGACACAUAAAGGCCGCCUACAUGAUUGUCGAUGAGAUGCACGAGGAGCAUCCGGAGCUGCUGCGUGACCAGUACUGGGAGUGCGUUGUGCCCAAGGACCUGCCCUACACUGUGGCCUCUGAGCACUACCGCAAGGACGAGCCCAAAGGAUCCGCCGAGAAGUACAAAGUGAAGAAGGAGGACGCAAUGUACGCCAACAUAAUGCCAGGCGGCGGCGGAGGCAAGCGUAUGCUCAGCGACGAUGUCUACGCGGAUUAUGAGAGUGUCGACACACCCAUGGUGGAGCGCAGAAAGAACAAUUGGCUCGUGCGGCAGCUAUCGCGCAUGGGUUCGAUGAGAAGCCAAUCGACGGCCUAUUCCUCCGGCGGCAUGCCCUUCAAUCGGCAUCGCCUCAACUCGGUUUACUCUAGUCCCGAGUCGGGUCUCCCUCUGACAAUCCUACAGCAGCAGCAGCUCCAGCAGCAGCAGCAGCAGUCGAUGGGGGGAUCCCAGUUGCAGCAGAAGCCGAGCCUCUAUGGGAAGUUUGUGCAUCGGAAAUCGAUACGCGCCCAAAGGCAGUUGAUAAAACAAAAUUCAAAGCUAAAUGGCUUGAAUGUGAAUGUGGCCAAGACGCGGCCACGUAUUCCCACACCCGAGGUGGCCAAAGAUGGCAGCACGAAUCCAGGCUCUAGUGCCGUUAUAAUGGCACCAUCACAACACCAAAGCGCACAGCAGCAGCUGCAACAGCAACAGGGUGGAGGGACGCAUCACAUGUAUCCCUCCUCCUACACCACAACCACAACGAGCACCAGUACGGGCAUGGGCAUGGGCGGGGGCAUGGGUCUGGGCAUGGGCAUGGGUAUGGGAGGGGGCAUGCAAUUGGGGCACGAUGGCGGUGGCCAAGUGCUGGGCACCCUACUUCUAUCGCCCAUCAAAGAGAUGGACUCAUCCUCAUCGAAUAACACUCUGAUUCCAGGACAUCCAGCCACAGCGGCCCUGGCGCAGGCCAUCAACAUGAAGGAUGGCUUCCCGGCAGUCAGCACACUUUCUGCUGCCACAAACAUCACGACGCUGUCGUUCCCCUUUACGAUGGCGAAUAGCAAUGGCGGCGGUGACACCAUUCCCAAGGGCACCCUGAGCAUUCUGCCCAUCACAGCGAAUGCCCAGCUGCCGACCAUCACGACAACAGCCAGUGGCUAUGAUCCCAAUGAUGUCAUCACCACGAUCCCUGUAUCCCUGUCCAUUCAGCGCUCUCCUUCGUCCCUGUCCAUUGUGGAUCUGGCACAGGAUCAGGACGGCUACAGCAACAGUGGCUCCAGCAAUGGCAUGAAUGUUGGUGUCGGUGGUGGCAUCACCACCACAGCCCUGCUGUCCGUGAAGCCAUUGAAUGGCAAUGGCAACAUUUCGCGGAACAACAGCUUCAAUCUGAGCUUCAAUCUGUCGGAUCCCACAGUGCGAUCUUCGGUGCGUUCGGCAGGACCAGCCACAGAUACAGUGGAUGCAACAUCCACAUCAUUGGGGGGAGCCACGAUCCCGCUGCCACAGAAUACAGCGGCAAGUGCCUCAUCGGCACCCUCAACCCUCGCCAAACACAGUCCGGAGGCCAAGACGGGAGAGGUCUAUGUCUGAGAGGAGGGGGACAGAAGAACUAUCCAUUGGAUUAUAGCUUUCGUUGUAGAUUUUAAGCAGAACCCUUCCAGAGCCACUAAUACGAUAUUAUCAUUUA